AUGUAUCCUGGACCCUGCAAACUAAUCAGAGCAUCGAAACGGCAAAAUAAAAUUUGCGAAAGAGAUACAGGAUUGGCAAAUGUUUUGACUAAUGCUAAGGAACAAGCGAUAGCGGCCUGCGAAGAGACCUUCCAAUAUGACAGGUGGAAUUGCUCCCUCGUGUUCAAUAGAAAGGCAAAAAGGAGUAUAUUCAAUAAAUUAUUCAGAGAAACAGCGUUCGUCCAUGCUCUGAUGGCAGCUUCCAUCACACAUUCAGUAGCAAAAGCAUGUGCCUCUGGGGAUCUAUCCUCAUGCUCCUGUCCCGGAAAUUUUGGCAAAAACAAUACAUGGAAGAUGGCAGGCUGUGGAGACGACUUCAGACAUGGAAAGAGAUUAACAAAAAACUUCUUGGACUUCAAACACGCAGGUAACGAUCAAAUUGCAGAAAUAUUGAAGCAGGAUGUCAUUGUAGGAGUCGAUUCUAUUGGAGAACAGCUAAAAGAAGUUUGUAAAUGCCAUGGAUUUUCAGGGUCUUGUACCACGAAGACAUGUUGGAAGCGAUUGGGACCUUUUAACUCAGCCAUGGGCCUUUUGAAGAAGCACUACCACCAUGCAGUAAAAAAGAAAAUUAUGAACUAUACGACGAAAAGAGCGAUAACUCCAAAAGUGAGGAACAGGAUGAAGGUGGAAAGGAAAAACUUGUUGUAUUUGCAGAAGACGCCUAAUUUGUGUGUCAGUACUGAAGGCAGGUUUGGUGGGGUGGAAUGGUUUGCUCCGACAACAGCAACACAAUCUGGAUGGAUGUGA